AUGAUCGACAAUGCCGUGUUGUUACCCGACAGCCAGGAGGCAGACCUAUUGCAACCCAACGACGCGUGUGGUGGUCAUGUAGUAACGUCGUCACCCCUGCGCUCCGCAGGGCCGGCGCGCGCGUGUCCGGUGAACGGGAUCGCGCUCGGUGCGGCGGGGGAAGAAGCGGAGAGUGCGCUGGGAGUGGUAGGGGGAGAAGCGGAGAUCGCGCGUGGCGGAGGGGACGGCGAUGGGGUUGAGUAUAUGGGGGAGAAAGCGCGGGCGGCGGAAGCGACGGGGGACGGAAGCACAUUUGCAUCAAUUGGUGGGGGAGGGGAUCCGCAGGGCGGGAAGAAUGGAGGCGGAGAGGGAGGGGAAGGACACGCGGAUGGGAAGGGGAAUGCUGUCGGAAAUUUAGAGGGCACAGUGGACGAGCGGAGAGGGACUCCCGCGGAAGAGGCACUGGGGGAAGGGAGCAGGGCGGAGGGGGGACAGCCGGUCGGGGGGCAGACGGAAGAGGGGGAAGGGUCAUGCAAUGCAGAGCAACGAGCGGUGGCGGAGGGGGAAUCGGGAGCGCUUAUACAAGGGGAAGGGAUUGGAGACGGAGAGAAGGAGGAGGCGGGGGCGAGAGAGAGUGGAGAAGCGGAGGGAUUGUUGGUAGGUGGAGUCACGAAGGAAGCGUGCGAGAAUGGCGAGAGGGGCGAGAGGAAGGUGCGGUGGUUGGAUGACGAGGGCCAGACGUUGACCGACGUUCGAGAAUUCGAACCCAGUCCAGGUGGGUUCUUCGUGCUGGUGCUACGCAUACUGAGCCAUUUCUGA